CGUCACGGUACGAUCUCGCUGACGUUGCGCGCCCAGCGUGACCGCCGGUGGGAUGGAGGCUCACGAGAGCGAGCAGUACGUGGCGUUUCCUCUGGCGGGCGUGCACGACGCCAUACAGGAAAGCGUGAUAUCGCAUGAAGAAAUAUGCGAGCCCGUCGACGAAUGCGUUCUCCAGGAGGAUCUGACGGAGGUCUCGGUAGGUAACGCGGUUGUUAAUGACGUCGUCGAGUCGCAGGGCACGGUGGCCGAGCCGUCGGACGAGGAGGACGACAACCAGACGGUGUACCCGAUGUACAUCAAGCAGGAGGAGCAGCAGCAGUACACCUCGGGCGACGACGAGUCUAUGGCCGUGGAGGCGCUGCGUCAGCUGGGCGGUAUGUAUCCCUUCGAGAACAAGAAGCUCUGUUGUCCGACUUGCAAGCGUCUUUUCACCCAGGAAGAGCUGAGCGAGCAUCAGUCCGCGUGCACAGCCAAGUUAUCGUGCACCACCUGCGGCGAGAAAUUUGAGAGGAAGCUCGACCUAAACAACCACAUGGUGUGUCAUCAGGUAGAUCGGCCCCACGCGUGUAGAACGUGCGGUAACUUGUUUCGUUCCAAGAGCAGUCUGCAGGCGCACAUGACGCAGGUCCAUCAAGUCGAGCGGCCGCACAAGUGUGCCAUUUGCAGCCUCGAGUUCCAACGACCCUCCAGUCUGUCUAAUCACAUGAAGAUACACACGUACGUCGCGGGACGCGCCAUUGUACAGUCGCAGGAGAACAGUGUAGCUCAGCCAGUUCAGGAGACGUUCAAGAAGUGGUCGGAGAACGCGUCGGAGUCGCAGGACGCGUCUCAGAUGCCGUCCACUUCGUCCGCGCAGGCGAUACAGAGCUACGACGUGUGUCAGGUACAGUGGCCGGCCUCGUCGUACGGCUUUAACAACGAGCAGUCGACGAUGCCGAGUCACCAGGAGCAGAUAGAGACGCUGCAGGAGUUCACGGUGAUGCCGAACGGCGAGGUGACGCAGUUCAGCGAGUAUACUGAACAAACGACGAUCGGCAAUCCGGUGAGCAGCCAAGGCAUGAACAACCAGCAGUACAGUCUACCGUUGAACUCGUUCAACACUCCCGACGGAACGGUCAAGAUCGAGACGAUCUCGUACAGCGAGGCGAGUCAACAGAACUACGGCGAGGCGGAGCAGGCGGACGACGGCAAGCGGUACGCGUGCAGGCACUGCGGGAUCAACUUCUCCCGCGCCACCGCGCUAGCAUCCCACGAGAAGAUCCACGCGUCGAAGAACUGGAACAUGCCGAUCGAGUGCGAGUACUGCGACAAGCAGUUCCAGGACGGGAAUCACCUCGCGACCCACCAGGCCAACUGCACGAAGAAGAUAAUGCGGAGCAACUUGGAGCAGGGCGUGAGCAACAGCAAGUGGGGCAAGCACGCCUGCACCGAGUGCGGGAAGAAAUUCGCCACGAAGCAGAAGAUGUUUCGCCACCAGUGGAUCCACCGGAAGAAGACGCACUCGUGCGAGGUGUGCGGCUCGCAGUUCGAGAAGCAGAACGAGCUGGACGAGCACAGACUCUCGGCGCAUCCCGGGGACUCGCCGUUCACUUGCCCGGACUGCGGCAAGAGCUUCGUGUCGCGGCAGGGUCUCUGGGAGCACGGUAGGACGCACGGCGGCAGUCCAGCACAUUUCCAGUGCGACACCUGCUCGAAGACGUUCUCAUCGCGUCAGGGCUACCUGAUACACAAUCGCACGCACACCGGCGAGCGGCCUUACGGCUGCAGGUUCUGCUGGAAGGCGUUCCGUGACGGCGGCACUCUAAGAAAGCACGAGCGGAUCCACACGGGUGAACGGCCGCACGUCUGCCCGCUGUGCACGCGGGCUUUCAAUCAGAAAGUCGUGCUGCGGGAGCACGUCCGGUGGGUGCACGCCGCGGGGAAGAACGAAACGGAAGCGAACAGGCCGCCGUAUCCCUGCCCGCUGUGCGGCGCCUUGAAUCAGGACCGCGACGAGCUCUGCGCGCACAUCGUCAAGCACUCGGACCAGAUGAUAGCCGAGGCCAAGGCGAAGACUAACAACCACACCUCCCCGAAGUCGAAGACGCCGAAGAAGAAGUCGUCGAAGGUGUCGGUGCCAUGUGACCCGCGGAUAAAGCCGAGUACCCUGCAGCACCUGAUCUCCAAGGCAGAGGAGGACGAGGCCCUGCUGUCCAUCGCGGAUACGUCCGACAAGGCGGAAGACAUGCACGUCGACAUGGACGACAGGCAGAACAACGCGUUCGUCGUGGUGACCACCACGGAGAAGCGCAACGAAGGUUUCAUCGCGAUAUCCGAGCUGAAGCACGGCAACAUACGUUUCAUCGUCGAGGGCAAGGAGGAUGAGAACGUCCACGUGAUACAGGUGGAUCAGAAUCACGCGGAUCCUCUCAGCAUCAGCGACGACGCGACGGCGCGCAUCGUCGCGACCGAAUCCGUAGACGACACGGUGCUCGACGGCGCGAUCGGGCGGAGCGACAUGACUACGAUGCACCUGAUCCAGUCCCCCAAGCAGAACAACACCCUGAACAUAAUAUCGAGGCAGAACGAAUCCCUGCCGGUGCUGACGAUACCGAAUCCGCAGAGUCACGAGGAUUACUCCAGUCAGAUCGUGCAGGUGAGCGGGGCGGACAUAUCCAUGGACGUGAUAACCGAGGGGGCUCUCAAGGUCGAGCACGAGGAUCACGUUCAGGACGAGCAGGACGUUUUGAUGCAGGAGGAGGCGUCCCACGUUAUUCAGGUUGUACACUAUCAUCGACGCGAGAACGACAGCGAUGAUUUCGUCUGCGGGAUCUGCGACGAGAUGUUCAAGGAUAAAAACACGCUGAAGGAGCACAUCAAGGUUCACAUAUAAUCGUCACUGCCACUUCCUUCGGUUACGUUUGUGAUAUCCCGCACGCUGUUAACACGCAGGUGGUACCGUAUGCACACGCACGACGAUUGCGGUAAUCCCUUGAGCUUGCCAAUGAUUUAAAUCGCGUAGGAUUCAGCGAUAGCACUGUCCGUAUGCAUGCGAAUAAUAUUUUAAAGCUAAAUGAAUGAGAAUUUUUUAGAGAAUUAUACUUGAGUAAGAUGUAUAAGAUGCAAGAUAUGUGUACACGUGUAUGUGUGUGAAAUUUUGAUUCAAGCUUAUGUGCAAUAAGUACAUGAUUAAAAUCAAUCUCAUUUUAUAUAUACAUAUAUAUAAUAAAGCAUUGAUUUUAAUACAGAUAUUCUAAUAUCCCACCAAUAUAUAUGAGCUUGAAUUAAAAUGAGUAAAAAGUGAUGCACAUAAUGAUAACGUACAUAACGAAACUUAAUUCAUAAUAUUUUAGUUUUACGUAUCUAAGUUGGGUGUAACGCGAACGCAAUGUAAACGUUUUGUUCAAUCAAAUGAUGUUACUAUGUAUCCUCUUAUUUAAACAAUUUUGAUUCCAGUCGUAUUUAUGUUUCAUACUAAUCUUCUUAGAAUGCAUACACUGUUAAAAAUUUAUUUAAGAUUAGUGACUUAUUGCAGAGAUGCAGAGAGAUGCAGAGAUUAUUGUUAUAUAUAUAUAUAUUUUUUUAUAGCAAAUACAUUUUUUAUUGCUUUUAUAUUUUUACUGAUGAAUAUCUUGGACACGGAAACAAAAUACUUCAAGCAGUGCUAAAUACUUUAUUAAAAAUAAUCGUAAAUGAUUCUUAUAUUUUUUUUCAAUGAUUGAUUACCUUUUACAAAAGACUUAUGAUUUACAGUUGCAAUAAUUAUCAUUUUAUAAUUUACAGUUAUAAUUUCUCUUUUUUGGUAAUGAUAAAAUUUCAAGUUUUAUUCAUAAUUUUAAUUAUUAAUAGAUUAACACAAAUAUCUCUUCUUCUCUCUGGGCCUGAUGAUUAAUAAAUAAUAAAAGUGUAAUUUAUGUUUACAUUUAUGGACUAAGAAAAUUCUCAUAAGGGGCUUCAAGAACAAGUAAUUUCUGUCAUAAAAAUUUCCAAAAACACAACUACAUAUCGUAAAAAAAUUAACAUAUUCUAUAAUCUGGUAUUAUAAUUUCGUAUAAAUUUUAGCUUGUAUUUAUGUUACAAAUGUUCAAGUCAAGUUUCAAGUAGGAUCGAUCCAAGUGACAUGAAAUCAUAGCACAUGAAGUACAAUAAAUAAAUAAAAUGAAAUAUUUUAUUUUUUAAAAUCAUCCAUUGUGUUUUGAUGUUAUUCCAUUUUAUGUUCUCAUUCAUUGCAUAUCAUUCAUAUAAACGAUUAAAAAUAAUAAUUAAAAACAGCAGAGCGAUAUGAAAAUGAUAUGAAGCAUGGAACAAAUAUAAUGUAACAAUACAACAGAAUAUAAUGCGUGUAAGAAUGCAAAUAAAGUAAUACUAGGCAUCUACAUUUACAAAAAUAAAUAAUUUCG